CCACCCCUUCCUGUCUGUCACAAUCACGUGCAGCGUGCGUUUAUUUUGAUUGGGGCUUUCGUUUAGAUUAGAUAGAUAUUUAUGGCCACCUCAGUGACGAUUUUUAUAUAAUAAUGCCAAACAAAGGAUCACCAUGAAUUGACCCGCUCAGUAUUGUACGCGCGUGUGGCCACGGAAUGAUUGCGCUCGCGAAGUGGUUCCGGACAGCGACCAAGACAGCAUUCAGCAAGAAGUACCUACUGCUCACGAAUGUCGCGAUAUCGGUCAGCCUCUCCGGGGUGGGUGAUAUAAUCGAGCAGCACUAUGAGAUCUACAGUGGCGAGCUGGCGGCGUGGGACCGCCGGCGGACCCGCUUCAUGUCCAUCUCCGGCAUGACGGUCGGUGUGUUCUGCCACGGGUGGUACAACUUCAUGGAUCGCCGGUUCCCCGGCCGCACGAUUGGGCUGGUCCUGAAGAAGGUGCUGAUCGAUCAAACGGUCGCUUCGCCGAUUGUGAUAUUCCUGUUCUUCGCCACGCUGGCAGUGCUGAAGCGCUCCUCGUGGGAGGAAAUGCGCGGCGAGAUACGGGACAAGUUCAUCCGCCUGUACACGGCCGAGUGGGUCGUGUGGCCGCCGGCCCAAAUCGUCAACUUUUACUUCCUGCCGACGAAGUAUCGCGUGCUGUACGAUAACACCAUCUCCCUCGGGUACGACGUGUACACGAGCUACGUUAUUAAUGACGAGAGUGGCGCCACCACCGCAACCAACGCACAGAAGGACUAAGGACUUCUUUCACCACCCAAGACAAAGACAAAGCAAUAAACCUGUUUUAUCGUUAACACAGCAGUUACCAUAUCUCAA